UGCCUUUCUAAAGCUACAUAUUCAUUUCAUCUGAUUUGAAUAAGCUAAACACAAAGACUACAUUUCCUCAUAGUUGAUGUUCUGAAAACACCUCCCUGUCUCAACAUCAAACAUCAUCUCUUGCACAAAACAGCUCUUUGUCAUUAUGUACCAAUCAAUUACCAGCUACUAUCAACAACUUCUACAUUCAGCUUACUCUUUACACCACAGGGAUCCAAACUGAUUAACACAUUCAUACAAAAACUAAUUAUCCCACUCGGAAAUAUCAGCUUGGGUAGAGCACUGGUCAAACAAUCAACAGGAGAUACAUCAAACAGGACCCCCCACUAAAGUGAGCACUACUUUCCUCAUUUACCAUACUGCACAGUUAAUCUGCGGGCAAUAAAAGGACUCCAUUUUCUCAGAUGUCUUCAUUCUCUCGGUUAACCACCACAACAACCAUGUCUGACAACAUGUUCCUUUCCUAUCCUGCCAUGGCUGAAAACUCAUUACAAAAUGCAGGCCAAUCAUUUGACAGCCUGUGGGCAAGUCUUGAGGACCUUGUCCAUCACUACCAAAGUGACGAAGAAAGCAGUACCGGAAACUCUAGUCUCGAGUGCUUGAUUGACGACAAUCUCUCUCAGCAGCACAGUCCACUGGCCUCACCAAGUCCACCUCUCAGGCAGACUAAUCCUCAUUCUGUUCCAUCCUCUACCCACUAUCCUGGCCACUACGGAUUUCAGAUAGCGUUUUCACCGCCAAAAAAGGACACCAAAUCUACCACUUGGACAUACUCCAACAGUUUCAACAAGCUCUAUGUUCGCAUGGCCACUUCUUGCCCUAUCCAAUUCAAAACCGCCUCACCACCACCUUCUGGCACCCUCAUCAGAGCAACAGCCAUCUACAAGGAGCCACAGCACAUUCAACAUGUUGUCACAAGAUGUCCUAACCAUGCAAGCUGUCUGCAACACAAUGAGAGUCACCCUGCACCCAGUCAUCUCAUUCGCUCUGACCAUCCUCUGGCUGCCUAUGUCGAAGACCCCUUUACCAACAGGCACAGCGUGGUCAUCCCCCAUCAAACAGCGCAGGUGGGUUCAGAAUGGACAGUUAACCUCUACCAGUUCAUGUGUCUGGGUUCCUGCGUAGGAGGUCCAAACAGACGGCCAAUGCAAAUCGUCUUCACACUGGAGUAUGAACACACAGUGCUGGGCCGAGCAGCCGUUGAUGUCAGAAUUUGUGCAUGCCCCGGUCGCGACAAAAGGGUGGAUGAAAACUCUCUGUCUUCUAAUUCUACAGUGACAAAAAGAGCCCAGUGCAAACGCCCCCUAAACCAGGACACUUCUCUCAUGCACACUAAGAGAAGGAAGCAAUCCAAGCCAGACAGUGACGUCUUUACUCUCACCGUGCGUGGACAGGAAAAUUAUGAUCUUCUCUGUCGUUUGAGAGACUCUCUUGAACUGGCUGCUUUUCUUGCUUCACAGCCGAGAAGUAACGGUGCAAUGGAACAUACACCCAUAGCUCUUUAA